GGGAGAUCUGUCCUUUCCCCCCGGAUGUAGCGUGCAGGCAAGAGUCUCUGCUCACAUGCAUCCAUUAUCACUCAUUAACACGACGCAUCCCUGAGAAUGAAGCUCAUCUCUACCCUGCACAUACUCCUGCUGCUGCUGCUCGUUUCCAUCCACAAUGUCCCAGCCACAGCCUUCCAUCUCCCCUCAGCCACCUCGUUCCUUCUCCGUCGGCCCUCUCUGCGGACGUCUGCGCGUGCCGCCACACAGCGGACGACAAGCGAUGAGUCCCAUCAAUCCACUCAGUCGAAUCUCGGCCUGGCUGACAAGUACGAGCGGCCAAAGCCAGCCAUCGACAUCCGCCACUUUGCCGGCUGGAGCAGCGACCCGCCUGAGGUGCCGGUGGACGCGUACAAGCUGCUGGCCUACCUGGACGAGGAGCGGCUGCCGCCAUUGCUCGAGGGCGUGACGGGCGUCAAGGGGUUGGACGUGCGGGUGCUCAAUGUGGCGGAGAACCAGCUCAGAUCUGCACUGCUUGACGUCACCAGAAGGCGGCAGAAACAGGUGGGAGUGCAUAUGCGGACGGAGAGCUGAGGGAGCCACGUCUGGUGUGUGUUGACUGACAGUUUUCGGAUGAGGACUCGGUGCAGUGGUUCUCUUCCCGGCACAACGUGACGAGCCGCGUAUUCGGCAAGGUGAGGCGGCGGCUGGCCCAGCGGCACCCUCACGGACACGCCACCAGCCCCCUGGAGGACCUGGCGUACCCCGCCAUGGACUCCAUUGAGGACAGCAACAGAGAGGAGGCCUUCAGCAUGUACUAUGAGUACUUCAGGCAAAGGUGCCUUCUUACUCGUGGCUGUAUGGCAUGGUAGUGUCAUGUGCAUGGAUUCGAUGGGUGCAUCUGUUGUCUGCCUGUCUGCCGUGCAGGUGUUUUUCGGAUGGUGCGUCAUCGGAGGAUGAGGCUGGUGAAGAGAGCAACCGGAAUGGUGACGGCGGUGGCGAUGGUGAUGGCCCGUUAGGUCUGCCCCCCGCCUCUCAGCUGAGUGUGGUGUGGGACCCCUCCCCCAGUUACCUCCACGAGUGGGAGGUGUCGCGGCGGCUCGAGUACCCCACUCUCAGGCUGCACGCUGGCAUCAACGCAUCACCACUUUUCGGGUAGGGAGGACGACACACAUGCCCCUUGCUUGAUGGAUGGAUGCAUGUGUGGCGGGCGUGUUGUGGUAUAUACUUCUGUGUGUGGAUCAGGUGCACGGUCUUGAGCGCGAUGCUUGAGCUGUUCGCCCUGGUCAACUCCCCCUCUCACGCCUACCACUCCACCCCAAUCGUCACCCCUCCCACCGACGCAGAGAGCGAGGGAGAAGAUCUGUCCGAUUUAUCCGUCGACUUCGAUUUCCCCCCACCGCCGCCCUUUCAUGAGAGCGAGCUGGACGACACCUCCCGCCCGCGGCCGAACGUGCACAGCGUCCUCUACAAGCAGAAGGAGCUUGAGUGCUACGAGUUCGUUGAGGGGCCGGAGGGUGACGACGAGGGGCUGGACUUCAACCUGUUCUUCGGACAGACGGGCGACUACGGCAUGAGCAGCGAGGAGGAGUGGCGGUACGUGGAGAGCACGAAGGACAAGAGCUCCUUUGACCUUUACAACUCGCUGAUUGAGAGCGGUGUGGCGCCUGAACGAGCCAUCGAGAUAUGCACCAACUCUGCCAGGUGGGUCGGUCACCGACACAGCACAGCACAGCACAGCACAGCACACGACGCAUGUAAUGUCCGACCAACAGGCGCCGAGAGUCAUCCGCCCUAUGGCAGUCCGGCCGGCUGCCGGUUCGCGAGCUCACUGGCCGCAUGCUGGGCUACGGUCUCGAGGAGACGGCCAAGCUGCUCACGGGCGGGGCGCAGCUGCUGCAGAGGCUGGGCAGGCGACAACUCGACUUCACCGAAAACUGCCUCGCCUAUGUAUGCAGAGGCCACACACAAAUUCUUCAGACACACGGAUGGCUGGCUGGCUGGCUGGAUGGAUGGAUGGAGCGUGUCGUUGGUUGUCUUGUCUGUCAGGGGUGUGAGCAGUACAUGGGAGUCUCGCAGCACGAGGCGUUGCGGUACGCCGACGCGGCGCACAGCCAGCAGGCCUCGCUGCUGUACAUGCAGUCGCUCAUCAUCGUCCACGAGCUGCUCAACCGCAUCCGCACCGCCAGGGGCUUCCCGCUGCCGACAAAGUAUGACGUGGGCGUGCUGGAGGAGAGCGGCAAACGGGGCUAUCGGCCCGAAAACAAGACGGAGGAAGACAUUGUCGACUUUAUGCGUAUGUUGGCAACACAGAGAUGGGGGCAAAGGGGAGGAUAUCAGGGAGGGGUGUGUGUGUGUGUGUAGUGGGAUUCCCGUCAGAAGGGCUGGACUUGACGAACCGGACGCAGGCGGCCAUGUUUCUUUAUGAGUUCUUCAACCAGGCUUGCUUCGACGGCACCCUGCUCAAGGUGCCCAUCGACAUAGACGACCACAUGCACAGCCUGGGUAGGUAGGACGGACAACAAACGCAUCACCCACAACAUGUGGGUGUGCUGUGCAUAUCUUUGUAUGUGCAGGGUAUACCCAUUACGUGUUGGACCGCCCUCGGCCGCCCCGGAUAAGGCUGAGCGGCCGGCUCUUCGCCGACGACAAGUACAUCCCCCUCCUCGCCCACACCCUCCUCGAACAGAUGCUCACCGUAUGGGAGCUCUCCACUGUCCACUUCCUUGACCCACAGGUGCCCUCUCCCCCCCUACACACAGACACGCACACACACGCAUCGCUUGUGUGUGUCAGAUGGGCAUCGGGCAGAGCGCCGUGUCGCUGUUCGAGCCGACUCGGUUCGGCAUCAAGCGUCAGGAGCUGCGCGAGAAGGCCGAGAUCAACGACUGGCCGUUCCACUUCGACUGGAGCGCCGAUCUCACUUUGCUGAUGAACGACACCGAGCUGGCGGCGUAUGAGAGAGAGGAGGACCAGGACGACGAGGAGACUGCUGACGUGGGCAAGGGAUGUGGGGAGGGCGGGAGGUGUGCUGAUGGGGUGGGGUGUGUCUGUGCUGUGUGUAUUGUUUGGUCAGUGGUACCUGAGUCUCAUUGCCAAGGGGUUUCCCGCCGACCGUGCGCUUGACAUCAUCAACGAAGCCGUCAGGUCAGCCCACACCCACACCCACGCCCCCAACCGCGCAUCCAUCCAGCGCACUCUCUCUGUGUGUCAUCAAUCCAUCCAUGCAUCAGGCGGCACGACCCCCGAGAGGCGUGGCGAUUCCUGCCUGAUGCGCAAGAGCAAGAGCAAGAGCAGGAGAAAGACGACGAGGAGGACAGACCCGGAGCCCCCCGUCGGUACCUGAAGCCCUUUCUCGGCAUGACGCUGCCGGUCCGCGAGCUGGCGGCGGCUUUGGUGGCGGAGUGCCCCAUCGAGGCUGAGAGGCUCAUGUACACGGGUCUGCCGAGCAUGCUGUACUUGGCUGAGGCGUUUGCUGUGGAGCAGGAGGGCCUGGCGGGGAGGGAGCUGUCGGAGGGGGAGCGGUACAAUGCCAGCAUGAAGAUGAUCGCCUUCAUGGAAAACGCAUUCAAACAGGUAGGGCUUAGCUCGGUAGGACUGACUGUCGCCAUGCAUCUCUCUCUCUCUCUCUGUGUGUGUGUGUGUGUGUGUGUAGGCGUGUGUGAAGGCAUGGUACGACCUGACCAUAGAAAGCGCCAUCGACGACAAAGAGCUCAAGCGUCAGUUCCUGGAGAACACCUUCAUGGUCGAGCAGGUCUUCGACGACCUCCGGAACAUCAUGCUCACCACAGCCAUCGCCAAAGGGCAGCAACCCCCGUCACACGCCGACACAAACGCGGAGCUCGCUGACCUCGGGGUGGCCGGCUAUGGUGACCAGGAUGGCGCUGUCGACCAGAGGAAGAGAGAUGCCGCCAGAAAACUGCCGAGGAAGAAGGAUUUCGGGCAGCUUGGGGCUGGGAAUCGAGACGCCGUGGUGCGGGGGAUGUAUGGCGUGUUGAACGAGGUCUUGUUUGACGGUGCGCUGCCGUGGGUGCCCGUCGAGUGGCGACCCGACCUCAAGGGCCUAUCGGACGUCAGGAUCCAAGUCGGCAAAACCAACAUCAGCUCCAUCUGGGUACGAGAACACUGAACACCCCCCGCCACACACACGCACACAGAUGCACCUCUCUCUCUCUCUCUCUCUGCACAGCUGAACCCGGUUGUGGCUGACUACGGUCUGCUGGCGUACCUGCUGAUCCGCGAGAUGACGCACCUGUGGAACUACUACCGGCCCUACACCGUGGGCACGGCGAUGCACGCCCUCUACGGCGAGCAGUUCGUGCCGGCCUGGCGGCCAUUCGGCGACGACACAUUCGAUGAGGACAUGAAAAGGCAGCUGAGGGAGAUGGGCGUCUCCAACACCACACUGCAGGUACGCGAGCAGGCCACCGAGGCACAUGGAGGGAUGGAUGACACACGCCAUUCGUGGGUGUGGGUGUGGGUGUGGAUGUGGGUGUGGGUGUGUGUGGGUGGGUGUGAUGGCAUGGUAGGCGUUGGAGCCUGGUUCCGCUGUGGAGCGUGCCGAGACUCAGUUCGACUGGGACGAGGAGAGGGGGUUCAGCCCGGAGGACCUCAUGGCAAAACGCAUGGACACCAAACGAUGCCAAAUCGAGCGGGUCGGACAGACACUGACAGACAGACAGCACCGACACACCGACACACCGACCGACGCACAGAGACAUCCACUGCUGUAUGUGUGUGUGUGUGUGUGUCCCUCACUCAGGUAGUGCUGGAUGAGGAGUCGUGGCAGUUUGUGGCUGAGAGUGACGCAUACAUGUUCGAGUGCGGCGUCACCAAACCAGAACUCAACAAGUAAGUAAAUGAGCAGCCAUCCAGCCAUCCACCUUUCCCCCUGUGUGUGUCAGGGUGUCCGAGUACUUGGCCUUGCGGUCCGAGGGUCCCGUCAACAUCUACCGCGACCUCGUCGACUCAGCCGCAGCCUCAAAAACAAGAGCUGCAGAAAUCACCGUAACAACCCACACACCCACACCACGACACCUCUCUCUCAAUCAAUCCUCUGUUUCCUUCUCAGGCCCAGGCGGUCAGCAAGAAGCGCUCCGGAACCGUCGAGACCCGGCAAGCAGCCGACGACCUCCGCACACAAGGCGGCACACUCCUCACCACAGACCGCAAUCUCGUUGCGGCCAGCGGAGACGCCGAGAAGGCGUCUAUCGCACGAUUAGGUGACACUGCUGGUACUGGUGCUGGUGCUGAUAGUGAGGUUGAAGACUCAGGUUUGGAUGAGGAUGGUCCCAGCAACAGGGAGGGGCGGCGGCGGGCUGAGCGGGAGAGGGAGAGGGGGAGGGCUAAGGCUAAGGCGCUGAGGGGGUUCGGGGGGACGGAAUAA